AUGGCAGAAGAAAACCGCGACGUCCACGAUGUUGUGGUUGAGCCGGUGGAUGUGUUCCAGCCGAAUUCGCCGGAGGCCAAGUCUGCUGUGGUACCGCUAGAGAACACGGGCCAAGACAAGGUUGGGCCUGACCAAUCUCUACCGCAACCUGAGAAAGAGUCUCAAUCUGAGUCUCAAAAAGAGUCUCAAUCUGAGUCUCAGAAUGAAUCCUCAACAGGAAUUCCGCCUUCCGAAGAACCACAAUCGGAGACUCCUGUGGAACAGAAAACGCCCGUGCGUGAACUCUCUAAAGAGGAAGUGCUGCAAAUACGACAGAACUGGCUGGAGAAAAACGCUAAAGAGAUAAGCAAAAUUUCAGAUUGGCAGGUUCAGCUUCCCCUUGAGCAGAUUCUUGGCAAGGCUGUGGGGCUGCUGCUAGCUUCGUUGGAUAUAAACUGCAAUAGAGCAGCUCUGGAUCACCUGGCUCUUCUGGCUAUGGAACACACUCACACCGUCAUUGCACGACUGCACAGAAUUACUGAGAUCCAGCGAAGAAGAAGAAUAUCUGCACAUGAUCUCAAGAUUCUAAUUCGUGAGGGCAUUAUUUCACUGGAGGACAUUGAAGAUGCUUAUCUCGAGUCUAAGAAACGAAACACUCCCAUCACGAAGAUGUUACUUGCCAAAUUGGAUACUGAAACCAGAAAAAUAGUUGACGAGACAAAUGCUUUCACAGCUGGUGAUCAGACCGUUGAUGCUGAAGACCCUGCGUCGUGUUUCUUCCAUGAUAUUACGGACACGAUAGCGAGAGUGGUUCCUCAGAAGGCCGUGAGAAAGGCUUAUAUCCCCAAAUACCUACCAGAGCUUCCUCCGGUCCAUACAUACAAGGCGACGCCUCAGUACACCAAGACAGUGACUGAUCCUAGAGUUCUUCGCGAGAAACUCGUCGAGGAGGGAAGGCUAGGCGAGAAAGCUUUACAACAUAUUGUUGGGAAUGACUCUGCUACACCCGAAGCGGAGAUGGAAGUUGACUCUGACGAGGAGGAGAAAGAAGAAGACGAAGAAAAGCAGGAUCAAUCAGAUCAAAAGAGAGAGAAAGAAGAAGAGAACGGCAAAGAAAAACAAAACACAGAAACAGCUUCAUCUUCCGAUCUACAAAUGGAUAUAGAAAAGAGGCGUGAAUCCGAAGUUCUUCCGGAUGGUGAUGAUGGAGCAGUGAAGGUUCAUGCUGAGCCCCAGAUUGAGAAUGAAGGUGAGACCCAAGGUGAAGGACAGAUUCAAACCGAGACACAAAACGAGAAACAAAACGAGACACAAAACGAAACCACAGAAGUCGUUGCAAGUACAGAGGAAGUUGUAACUGACAAAGAAAAAGGGAAGGAAAAGGAGCCCGACCGGGUCGACUUGGUGAACUACGCCAAGAAGAGACUGGCAAUUCUGGAAAAACGCACAGCAAAGCGGAACAGGGCUUUGGAAGAACGCCUUGCCAGACCAGAAACGAUUGUUUCCAAGUAUAUGGGUUCUUUCUCGAUUCAGCCUUUGAAUGAGUCUGUUUCGCAGAUUGUGUCUGAUAUAUACGCUACGGAGUUUGAAAACGCGCUCAAGUCGGUGAAGAUAAGCGAAAAAAGAAGGGCAAAACACCUCAGAGAAGAGGCAAAGAAGAGACAGAAAAUUGAGGAAGAGAAACGUAAGCAACAGGAGAGUAUCGAGUUCGGCUUUGGCGAGGGAGAUGGUCAUGAUCAGGACGAUGAUCUCGAUUUCAACUUUGAUUUUGGCAACGACGACGUGGGAGUUCACGAUCAAAUGGAGAAUCUCCAAGAGCUGGAGGAAGUUAGUAUUGCUGAAGUAGCCAUUGGAAAUAAGCCGGUUUUUUCGACAUCGCGUGAGGUGACUCCUAAUGCGUCAGCCGAGGCUGGAGGUACAUCACAAGAGGAGGACUUUGACGAGGAAUUGUAUGGAGCAGAGACUCCAAAGGCGGAAGCAGCCAACACAGGUGAAGGCUCUCCAAUGGAUGUUGAUGGUCAGGAUUUUGGUCGGGAGCAAGGCCAAUCUGUUACCCCACAGCAUACAGAGCCCACCGGAGAGACCCAGGCAACCGGGCGGUCUCUAGAAAAUGACGACGAGAGUGACGAGUUUGAUGACUCAAUGUUUGACGAGGUUCUGUAA